CAUUUUGCUGGCUGCACUGGCUAUGGUCAUGAUGAAGCUGGGGGUCGGGAAGCAUUGGACAAAGUUUUUGCAGAGAUUGUAGGAGCAGAAUCAGCUAUAGUUCGUUCACAGUUCUUCUCUGGUACACAUGCUAUAACUUGUGCUCUGUUUGCAUCUCUCAGACCUGGGGAUGAACUUUUAGCUGUUGCUGGUGCUCCUUAUGAUACCUUAGAGGAAGUGAUUGGAAAAAGAGACUCUCACGGGCUUGGUUCUCUUGAUGAGUUUGGAGUGACCUACCGAGAAAUCCCACUAGCAGAUGAUGGAGGUCUCAAUUGGGAUGCACUUGCUGUCGCACUUAAGCCGAAGACGAAAUGUGCGUUAAUACAAAGAUCGUGUGGCUACUCAUGGCGUCAGAGUUUGAGUGUACAAGAAAUCCAGAGAGCAAUUCAGUUGAUCAAGAGCCAAAAUUCGGAAUGCAUGGUCAUGGUGGAUAAUUGCUAUGGUGAAUUUGUGGAAACUACGGAGCCACCUGAAGUGGGUGCAGAUUUAAUCGCAGGGAGCUUGAUAAAAAAUCCUGGGGGCACAAUAUCACCAUCUGGGGGGUACGUUGCAGGAAAAAAGAGGUGGGUUAAAGCUGCAGCUGCUCGCCUUUCUGCACCUGGCCUAGGUUUAGAAUGUGGAUCAACCCCUGGUGAUGUGAUGAGAGCACUUUUCCAUGGGCUUUAUCUUUCACCUCAAAUGGUGGGAGAAGCCAUAAAGGGAAGUCUUCUCAUUGCAGAAGUAAUGGCAUCCAGGGGAUAUAAAGUGCAACCGCUUCCUCGAGCUCCUCGCUUUGAUACUGUACAGGUCCUUUCUGACUUCAAUUGGCAUCUAUUGUGAGCUGAGAUGGUUUUUUGAUAUGUGCUUGGAUUGCUUCAUUUUGUUUGCUGAGUUGGACAUGCCUUGUUUGCCUUAGCCAUCAUCUUAAUAUUAUUGCUCACUAAGAUAAUAUUUUGUUUUUGUAAUUUUGAAAGUGUAUUACUGAAUACAUGAAAAAAACCCACUAGUUCAUUAUCUUGUGGAUUUCUGAUAAUUCAAUCUGGUGG